AUGAAGAAGCUACGUGCAGGUUUUCUGAAAAGAAGUCACAGCAGCGAUCCUGCCACGACCAGCGCGCCAGCCGUCGACUCGCCAGAAGCGAAUGCUACGAAUGCCAUUCGACAAUUCUGUGAAGCGCCCAGCGACAACAGCGGAGAAGAAGUCCUACACCUACCCGUCAUCGUCGAAGCCGCCGAGUCCUCACCACAAGCUGCAGCUGCCGCUGCCUACCAGAUCCGCAAAUGCCUGUCCAAAGACUCAAAGUCGCGAGUCCAAUACAAUGCCAUCAUGUUGAUCCGCAUCUUGGCCGACAAUCCCGGUCCCUCCUUCACCCGCAACAUUGACGCCAAGUUCGUCUCGACCGUCAAGGACAUUGUCAAGAAUGGAAGAGAUCCGAGUGUACAGCAGAUGAUGAGAGAGACACUAGACUCGCUGGAAGCAGAGAAGAGCUAUGACAACGGCCUAUACGACCUUCUGGCCAUGUGGCGCCAUGUCAAAGGCUACCAAGCUCGAAUCCUGCCACAAGGCGCUUACCGUCAGAACGCUCCUCCGAUACCACAACAUCCGAACACACAACAACAGCGCUCGAACUCCCUCCCUACACAGCAAGAACUCGCAUCACGCGUCGAAGAAGCAAGGAACACAGCUAAGAUCUUGCUCCAGCUACUUCAGAGCACCCCGCCAGAGCAGAUCAUGCAGCAAGAGUUGAUCAGGGAGUUUUCAGAGCGCUGUCAGACUGCUCAACGCAGCAUGCAGGAGUACAUCAACUGCGAUUCUCCACCGCCCGACGACGAUACAUUGCAGACGUUGAUUGAGACGAACGAGCAGCUGAGUUUGGCUCUGAGUAGACAUCAGCGUGCUGUACUCCAAGCACGACGCGCUCUCGGUCAAUCUGCUUCUCCUGCGCUCGCCCCCAACAAUCCAUUCUCCCCUCCGCAAUCGCAACCUCCGAUCCAGCAAAACUCGCUGCUACCAGCUUCACAACCCUACGCCGCCGAUCCUCAUACCGCACAUUCGCCCGUAUCUCCCAUCAACGACACCUUCUCCGCUCCUCCAGGGCCACCUCCUGGCCACACCUCUGCGCCUGCACUGGCUCCGAACAACCCCUUCGCCGACCCUGCUGAGACAUCACACAACCACGACCUCGACUACACAACCCAUCCACACGAGCCACGUAACUAUGGCCCGAGUGUCGACACAAAUCCGCGACCAGCCUAUGGCGGUGUGACUGAGAGCUACAUGGGACGCCAAUACAGUGCGGCUAAUGGUCUCACCAUGCAUGGAGGCGUCGACACCAGUACAGCGGAGGACGUCAGUCCUGUCGAGCAGACGCACACGCAGCGGGAGGUCAGAUACAGAUAUUGA